UUGGCCAGAGGGACGCUGCGCCAGCCUUGCACAGUGGCAAAUCGUUGGACGCAAGACAUUUAAGAGUCAGCGCCGCAUAGCUUUCGAACUCUUUAUACCCACCAUACACUUGACAGCGUCAAAUGCGGAUGUAAGACCUCUGCACCCACGACCGGAGACUUUGGCCUCCUUGGCCCUCCGACGCGAAGCGCGCUGUACGCUCGACAAAGCCUGAGGUGACUUGUCGGCGGACGCCAUCGAGCGAUUCGACCAUCUUGUAAACCCAAACUUCAUUCUAGCCUUCAUUUUCUCACUCGCAGUCACAACGUGCUUCGUUCUACAACCAGAAUGAGCCACCAAGGUAGUGUCAAAGGUGCGGCGGUACUGGUAGUCCUAUGGAGCCUUCUCUUCUACGUUUCUGGCCUCAAUACGCCGACCGGCGUCAGGGAUGCUGCACAAGUCGCCGCCAAGCCCUCGAGCCACAAAUGGCCAAAGGAUCUGCCAUUUGUGACAGUCAAGCCCGCAGACGAGGUCGGUCAUCUCCCGACACGUCAGUACUGGACCGUCAAGGAUUCAAUCCUUCACUACGUAGCGCAGAAUCCCGACUACUUCCACAAAGCCUAUGCGCAUCCUGAAAAGCCACUCGACGCCGAGUUUCUACAGCCAAUGACUAAGCAUGAGGGCGAGCCUGUACCCAGGACGGAAGUCCGGUUCAGCCACGACGGCGAGCCCUUUCUGCAUCCGGAGACACGCUCGCAGGUCCAUACAGUCCCUUUGGCGUACUCGGUGAAAAUGCGCGAGGGUGACAUGACGUAUUACAAGGGAAACAUUAGGCCACGCGGGCCGUACCCGCUUCCGCUGGUGGAAGGAUCCAACAGGUGGUUGCAAAGGCAACGCGAUGCUCUCAGCUCCACUCCUCCAGACGCAGCGCGUCACGGGACGCCUGGCUCUUCGAGCUCAAGUUCGAGACCGACUUUGAACGCACAUGCUCCACCAUACGUGCCUCUGAAGCACCAGCUCGACCGGCCAGAAUGGAUGGAGCCUAGUCCUCCCUCACCGCCUCCAGAGCGCAGAGCCCUAGGCUCUCCGCUCUUUGUCGCCGCUGGGAAAACGGGCACCCUGGUCUCGAGAGGAGAGCAGAUUGAUCAUACUCUUGAUGCAACAAGUACUGAGAGAUUGAGGAUUCCCUCGGGAUUGAUGGGUGCAACCUCUGCUCCAACAUGGUCCAGCUCCACUACUUUCACCAAGCGGGCGAGCGGCGAGGAUGUUCACCACCCGCGCCUCGAAGCCAGCUCAGACACGGUGCACAGGGCCGCUGAGGAUGCAAUGUCGGACGGCCAACCACUGUACCCACAGUGGUCCAAGUACGGCACCUACAAAAUGCCGCUCGUGACGAUGAAAGACAAACCAGGUGCCCUGAGACAUUACAAAGAGGGACCACAAGACCGGCCCGUCACGAUUGUAACGGCAAAGAAGUGGCACAAGUGGUACGUGGACAACAACGUCCCCGUUCCGGAAUCGCUUCGAUUCGUCCCUUCAGCACCCUCCUAUUCCACCAUGCAGCAGCAACGCCUGGUUCAAAGAUACAAAAGAGCGUUCGGAUCCUUGCCGAGCAACAACGCCGCCCUCCGGAGAGUUGCUCACGCAAUUCGAGUCGACACUACUACCGGUGGAACUGGGGCUGGACAAUACAAACAGCGCGUCAAAGAUCGGUCAGAGCUCAGAGAGCCCGACAUUUCUAGCAGUCCUGCCAAGAAGCGGCGCAUCGUAGUUCAGCAAGACCUCAACCUGCCGCCUGAUCCAGAGCUCGAUGUCUCUCGCCCUUCUUCUAUGCGCGACGGGGCGGUCCACAAGCUUCCAAAUCUCAGGACGAUGUCGCACAUCUCCCACUUGCUGCGGCUCCCUCACGUUCGGCGCUCGUUCCAGUCUAGCUCGAAAAGCCCAAGAAACAUUCUUCGUGAAAGACGAAAUUCGCGCUUUGACUCGGCGAAUCCGCGUAAAGGUGCUAAUCUGGUGAAGAGGGCCCCACCCACACCAGUCCAGCUGAAUACUGACAGAUUCAGAUCGGGCCUUGGAAGCACGGAGAAAGCGGUGGUGUACCAUGCAAUUCAACACCACCGCACCAAAUUACCGGAAAUGCAUCACUUUGAGAUGAUUUCACAUGUCAUGCGCACCGUCCAUGAGCCAAAGUGGCACUUCUAUGGAAAAGUGGGAGACGCUCGCAGAGAGCCUGUCCUCAAUUCGCAGACGGGCAAGGACACGCACCAAGUAUUCCUGGCCCCUGGAUGGACAUUCAAUGUUGGGAUGAGAAAAAACGGUCGCAAAGCGCUGGUGGAUCACGAAUGGGAUAGAGGCGUGGAGGACGUCCAGCGGUCUGUGGGCCUGCCUAUGGAAGUGGAUAAACAAGUCGCGACAUCCCGAGCUCAGGCUCGUUUCAGAGCUAAAGCGAAAAUCAAACAAAUGCGCUUAGAUGGCAAAGACGAUGGAGUCGAGGGGCACCUUGGGCACGCUGAGCUCGAUCGUCCUCGCGGCAGACCUUUCAAGUACAGCCAUGAACUCAGACAACCGAGGAGACCUGCUCGAGGUAAGCGGCUGCCGUACAAGAGACCCCCCAUUCCUAGGCGUCCCUGGCUGGUCGGCGAAAGCAGUGGUGGUUCGCAACCGCUAGGUGAACCACAGCUCGUGUCUUCACUUGGGCUCUCUGAUAGCGGUUCGUAUCAGGGUCCCCUCCUUCGGCAACGCGAAGAGUCCUCGAAGUCAGAACAACCACUAAAAGACGCUCAAAGGCAGCCGUAAAUGCAGACCAGGUCUCCAAACGGGCCCGGCCCGGACAGGUCGAUGCGCUCGCUUCUAAUCACGCUCUAUCGGUGCCAUGCUGCA